AAAAAAAAAAGUCCAUUUAAACCGGCCUCUUUUUCCUCGCUUCUUCUUCUUCUUCUCCGUGGCAUCUGAAAUCAUUUUUCGAAACUCAGAUGAGCAAAGCGGGCGGCGCCGGAAGCGGGCCGACGGCAGCGGCGGCGGCGGCGGCGGCGCAGAAGCAGAAAACGCUGCUGCAGCGCGUCGACGCCGACGUCGCCAACAUCGUCGACAACUUCUCCCUCCUCAUCAACGUCGCUAGGGUUAAUGAUCCGCCGUUCCGGAACUCGCAAGAAGCGUUUCAGAUGGAGAUGCGCGCGGCGAGAAUGGUUCAAGCUGCAGAUUCGCUGUUGAAGUUGGUGUCGGAGUUGAAACAGACGGCUAUAUUUUCGGGGUUUGCUUCUCUGAAUGAGAACGUGGAUAGGCGGAUCGAGGUGUUCAACCAGCAGGCAGAAAACACGGAGAAGCUGCUGGAGAGGAUUGCGGAGCAGGCUGCUGCGAGCCUCAAGGAGCUGGAGACUCAUUAUUACUCUUCAGUUGCGAGGACUCAUCAGCUCGAUGCAUAAGAAGGUUUAUAGUUUGGUGGCUGCACCAAAAGCUAUGGCUGGUGAUAGAAGUGCUGGGAGCCGAAGUCGAACUGCUUGUAAUUAUUUGACGCCAACACGAUACUCGUUUUUCGUCCCCUGACUGUUAUGUAUUGUUCUUGAGGACAUGUUAUUGAAAUAGUUAGGUGACCUUUUUUCAGUAAUUUUACAAAAUCGGAUGUAUCUCGAUUUUCAGCCAUUAGAUGUAAGACAUUGUAAAAUACUAUUAAUUUCCAUUUAGUUGAAUUUAGCAGCCAAGCAA